AUGUAUCGGAAGUUGUCUAAGUUAGAACACUCGGAAAUAAAACAACUUCUUACAGAAGCUAAUAUAGAUGUUGCAAAACAUUACGCGACAAACAAAAAAGCACUCGCUGACUUCAUUAAAGACUACAAUGGUGCAAUAAGUUAUGAUAGAAUUCAUGAGUUCAUAAAGCCGCAACGCGGCGAGGACGAAGUCCAUGCAAGAGCAUUUCCUUUAAAUGACAUUGCUAUUGACUUAUAUCAUAGACGUUCAGUACCUCAUGAAGUAAGAAGAGAAAUGUUUGACAUAACAAAUGCGAACGUUGGUCAUACUCGUAAAGCUCUUUCGCAUGAUGUUCGUCAAGAAAUGUUUGACAUAACAAAUGCAAACGUUGGUGAAACAAGAAGAAGAGACGACACACUGAAACAACAGAGAAGAGAGAUGUUUAAAAGUGCUAUAGAACAAGUUCGCAAAGCUAACGAUGUCAUUCGUUCCAUUGACGACAAACCAAAAGAAGGUGAGAGAUGGUUAAAGAAAGAUGAAGAGAAUAGGAAGAGAAAUGUGAAGUCAGGCAA